UUUUAUCAACUAAGAAAAAAAUUCUUUAGUGCAUGUUUUUCGUGUUAGUGAAGAUGCGAAAGACUAUGGCAUAAGUAAAGUUCGAAACGAGUACGACACCGCGAAAUAUUUCAGGUUUCUCCUCUAGAAAGGCAGAAACUGACGCAUCGCCGUUCGCCAUGGACGGUGAAGAUUUUAUGACGGAUCAACAGGCAAAGUUUGAUGAUGAUUUUGAAGAAGAAAUUUAUGAUGAAGACAAAUAUGAUGCUCUUAAUGAUGAGACUUUUGGGAAUGAUAUGUCAGAUGGUGAUUGGGAAGCAGAUCACGAAAAAUAUGCUCAAUAUGAUGAAGUUAUUAAAAAAAAAUGGCCUGAUGAAACAGAAGUCAAUGAUUAUUUAGCUAAUUCAAUUCCAUCUGAUCCAAAUGUGUUCACCGAGUCUUUGAAAACAUUACCAGAUCUAGAAAGAGAAUUAAGGCAGUUACAUACAUUUAACCACCAAUAUGAAGUACCGCCUUUACCAUUACCUUUCCAAUAUCAAAAUAAUUUAAAUUUUGUAAAUCAAAAUUAUGGUAUUAAUCUACCAAGUAAUAAUUGUGGUCCAAUUAGAAGACCAAUUCCAGUUCAAGGCUCAAAUCCUAUACCACGAAAUGUUUUCAACGCACCUCCUGGGUUCAGAGAAGUAAAUGUAAAUGGACACAUAGAUGAUAUUUUGACUAAACCUCCACCAAAAGUCAUUUCAUCAGCCAUAAGUGUAGCUGACUUGGAAAGACAAUUGAUUGAUGCUGUAAAAAUAAAUCCAACUUACAACCGCCCUGUUCCAGAGGUGAAUCAAGGAUAUUUACCUUUUUCUCAGUACUAUAAACGUGAAAUUCCCCAGUACAAUUUACCAAAUGUUCGUGUUGUACCAAAAAAUUUUCCAAGGAAUAACAAUAACGUUCCCAGGAAUCUUGUAAAUAACGUUAAAAGAUUUAAUAACAACAUGGUUUAUCAGAAUUUUCCUAAAAUGAAGAAUUAUACGUUUGAUGAACAAUCAGAUUUUACUGAUUACGGUGCUGGGUUUAUGACGGUAAGAGAAAAACACUGGUUAGCUGGAAUACAGACCAUACAGUUCCAUAAUAGUAACCCAUUAGAAGAAGAUUACUAUUUUACGAUGUAUCAAAAACGUCAUCAUGGAUCAAGCGGACCUAAACCCAACAAUAAUUUUCAUCAAACGGAUACACAAUCUAAAUUUAACAAUUCAUAUACACAAUUACAUUUUGAAAAUUCUUUAGGAAAAGUACUGAUUGGCAGUGUGAUAACUCCAAGAAAAAUGAUUGAUAUAGAAACAAACGAUUUUGCACCUUCUUCUACAUCUUCAACAGACCGAGCUGUAGUUGCUCAAAAAAAUUCAAAACAAAUCCUUUUAGAAAUUGAACAUAUGUAUAUACCACUACUGAAAAUAGAACAAACAUAUUAUGCAAUAAGGAACAAAGCACAAGCAGCGCCUACUGUACAACAAUACAUUGAUGAACUAACAGAAAUUUUGUCUAACCACUUACAUCACUUAGUUUCAUAUGUGACUAUACGUAAAGGAAAACAAUUGGUGCAUAGAAUUUUACCCCAUCUCAAAAACCCAUCGUUUUUAUGGAGUGUAUUUUUUGGACCUUCAAUUUGUACAAUAAUUUCAAAGGAUAAUGAAGAUCAAUUAUUAUUACUUUUCUUGCCGUAUAUAAGACAAUGGAUAUUCUGCUUAAGUCUCACUGAAUUAAAUCAAAUUGCAGAGUAUUUAAUGAAAAAUCUUUCAUACGUUUUGAUAAGUGUUUUUGGCAUAUCAGUUAUAGCAAAUAUGAUUGAACGAGCAGAAGAAGUUCGACCAACAACAGAACGAAAGGUAUUGAAACAAUGGAGUAUUUUCAUAAGCAAUGUUAUAUUUGUUGGCUCAGAAAAUACAAUACAAAGACCAGUCAUUGGUUUGGAUAAAAAAAUUAUAGAACAGCAUCUCACAUAUUUGCCGUUAGAUCAAUCUAUUACACUUGAAAAAAGAUUAAACCUCGUACAAAGAAUCAGUUUCUUGGGCGACACAACUAAGAAAUAAUCAUUAUUCAUGACACAUGAUUUGCUUUCAUCUAAGUAACAAUUAUCACUGCAUAGAAUUAAACUACAAUGGAUAAAUUAUUUUGAGAACCUCUCAAAAAAUUGUAAUCUCUCUUGCACUUUAUUUUCUAGUUAAAUAAGCGUUUUUAUUGUAAAUAAUGUUGAAAGUUUUUUGAUUGAAAACUAUUUGAUUGUAUUAACUUUGUUAAUCUUAAUGUGCAUUGUAUUUCACUUAAGAUUUUACUAGGUGUACUAUACAUUUGUCACCAUUAAACAUGGUAUUUUUCUUUUCAUACUUACCUUAUAUUUGUUCCCAACUCAUUAAUACUUAGUAAAAUAUAAAACAAUUUCUUAUUAUAAUUAGUUAAUUUCCAUGUUGAUAUUCAUUUUUAUCAAAGUAUAAUUUUAAUUUUGCUUUAAACUUAUUAUUUUAAUAUUAUGAAUACUUAUUUUUAUAUUAAUGUAGUUCCAAUGAUAAUAUUAAUUAAAGGAACAUUUUUUUAAAAAUAAUUUCUAAUAAUUAUUUUCAUAAAAAGUAAUUAUGUUUGUUUAAUAUACUAAUCGAUUUAAUAAUUCCUAUAUAUAUAUUUUUUUUUAACGUAAUUUAUUUUAUGAAAUGACCUGAUAUAAUUUCAUUUUUAUUAUCAUUAUUUAAAGUGGAAUUAACUAAUUAAUAACUUUUAAAUUAUCAAAUAUAUAUGUGAAAUAUUUACUGUUAAAUAAUUCGAGCACUAGAUAUUUGGUAAUUUAUAGUGGGUAUGAAUCCUAUACAUUUACUGAUAAGUCACAAUGAUUAUGGUAACUGAUUGUGCAAGUUUAUAAAGGAAAAUAAUUUAAGUACCUAUUUAGUUAUUAUGUGCAAUUUCAAAUUAAAUUGAUCCCUAUCGUUAUGUUUGGGUUUUUAAUUAUUUAUUGAUUAAAAAAGUUACAUCUUAUUACUAAAGUAGAAAAUUUUAAAUAACUGACCAUUAAAUAAUUUUUUUAUCAUUAUGUCAAUAUUACAUUUAUGUACAAAAAAAAAAAAAAAAAUACUGUUAAAAUAAAAUAAUGUUAGUAUAGAAUAAAUUAUUAUAUGUAGAUCAUAUACUUAAAAAUUAUUAUAUUUAAUUGUGUUGAAUUAUGGUUUUUUUUUAAAUUUUAAAAACCCCAAAGAUUUAAAAAAUAUAUAUAUAUUUAAAAAUUAUCGCCAUUGAUGUAUUGUAAUAUUUAUGUAAAAUUGAGUGAUUUUUCUUUAUAUUAUAUAUUAUUUUAAAGUCUCCCUGUAUUGUAAUUAAUGUUGCUUAGUGAAUUUUUUUAUUUAAUUUUUUUUUUGCAUGUAUAGAAUAUAUAUACCAAUAUUGUAACAUUUGUAUUUACCAUUUUUUUUUUUUUUUUAAUAUAACAUUGGAAAAUUCUUUUUAUAUACUGGAUGCAAUGUAUUAAUUUAUAAUUAUUUGUAAUAAAAUUUAGUUUAUUUAUAAGUCUAUUUGUAUAAUUAUUUUAGAAUUUGUUAUAUGUAAAAUUCAAAAAAAUAAAAAUGUAUUGUUUUUAACUUCCUAA